UAAUUAAUCAAUGCAAGAUGUCUUGAAUAGAAUAACUCACAUUAUAAAUACUAAAUAAUUUGGUUGGCAAAGCAUCAUUCAUUCGAGAUCUUUUGUAAAUAGGAAGUCUAAGAAUUAUGAGAUUCUUCGUUAUAGGUUUUGCUUUGCUGGCUCUAGCUUCAGCUGGAGUUGUGCCAACUGAUUAUCUUCCACCACUGCAAGAGAUAGCUGCACCAACUGUGGAAUACUUGCCACCAGGUGAAGCUGCUUUUGGGCAGGAGCCAACAAUUUUGGCUGAUGAUGGAUACCGUUACAAGACUGUUAAGAAAUUCCGUCUCAGACAUCGUCGGGAUGUGAUCGAAAUCACCAACGAAUAUUUGCCCCCAGUUGAGGAAUCCGUUGAAGUUGCUGCUCCAGUUGUCGAAGUUGCCCCAGCACCAGAAUCCGCUGUUCUCGCUGAUGAUGGAUACCGUUACAGAACCGUGAAGAGGUACCGUUUGAGGCGUCGUCGUGAUGUCAACGAAAUCGUCAAUGAAUACUUGCCCCCAGUUGAAGAAUCCGUUGAAGUUGCCGCUCCAAUUGCUGAAGUUGCCCCAGCACCAGAAUCCGCUGUUCUUACUGAUAAUGGAUACCGUUACAGAACCGUAAAGAGGUACCGUUUGAGACGUCGUCGUGAUGUCAACGAAAUCGCCAACGAAUACUUGCCCCCAGUUGAGGAAUCCGUUGAAGUUGCUGCUCCAGUUGUUGAAGUUGCCCCAGCACCAGAAUCCGCUGUUCUCGCUGAUGAUGGAUACCGUUACAGAACCGUGAAGAGGUACCGUUUGAGGCGUCGUCGUGAUGUCAAUGAAAUUGCCAACGACUACUUGCCACCAGUUGAGGACCAAGAAGCUGUUGAAGCCCCAGAAUCAGCUGUCUUAGCUGAUGAUGGUUAUAGGUACAAAACAGUUAGAAGGCUUAGAUACCGUUACCGUCAUUAGGACUUUCUGAAAGUAUUUUAGAUUAAUUUAUAUAUGAAAUAAAACAAAACGUCAAUAAAUCAAA